CGCGGUGGCGUCGCCAUCAUGGUGGGCAGAGGGUCCUGCCGCGUCCCGGAGCGGUGGACAGAGUACACCCCCCUGGGCCGCAGGAUGCCCGGCACGCGCUUCGUGGCCUUCAAGGUGCCCCUGAAGAAGUGCUUUGAGCAGAACCUCCUGCCAGAGAAGAGAUUUUCCCCUCGGGACCUCAUCAGGAAGCUGCGGGAGAGGAAGGAGGAGCUGGGGCUGAUCAUCGACCUCACCUACACCACACGCUACUACAGCAGGCAGGACCUGCCCUCCACAGUGCAGUACUGCAAGAUCCUGACCAUGGGCCACGAGAUCCCCAACAGAAGAACCUUCCUGAGGUUCAGGGACCUGGUGAGGAGGUUCCUGCUGGCCAACAAGGACAACGAUAAACUGAUCGGGGUGCACUGCACACAUGGCCUGAACAGGACUGGCUACCUGGUCUGCAGGUACCUGAUUGAGGUUGAAGGCAUGGAGCCAAAUGCUGCCAUAGAGUUGUUCAACACAUCUCGAGGGCACCCCAUGGAGAGGAGCAACUACAUCCAGGACCUGCAGAGGAGAGCCCCGAGCAGCUGUGAGCUGAAGGAUGUGGGCUCAGAUGUGAGGAAGGAAAGCAGUGCCCCAGCAAAGGCCCAGGAGCACCCCCAGCCCCCCCUGGCAGUGCCCAGGAGCACCAGCAGUGCCAGGCAGAGGCAGGAAGAGCAGAAAAAUCUGGAGCAGAGGAAGCAGAAAAAGCAAAAUCAUCUGGAGAUAGAACAUCAGGAACAGAGGAAACACAAAAAGCAGAAUCAGCUGGAGCUGGAGCAUCAGGAGCAGAGGAAAAAGAAACAGAAGCAUCUGGAGAUGGAACAUCAAGAGCAAAGGAAGCAGAAGAAGCAGAAACAUCUGGAGAUGGACCAUCAGGAGGAGAGGAAACAGAAAAAGCUGAAACAUCAGGAGCAGAAUCACCUGGAACAGAGGAAGCAGAAAAAGCUGGAGGAGCUGGAGCAUCUGGAACAGAAUCAUCUGGAAAUGGAGCAUCAGGAGCAGAGGAAACAGAAGGAGCAGAACCAUCUGGAACAAAGGAAGCAGAAGAAGCUGGAGCUCCAGGAGCAGGAGGGUCUGGAGCAGAGGCAGCAGAAAAAGCAGAACCACCUGGAAAUGGAGCAUCAGGAGCAGAGGAAGCAGAAAAAGCUGAAACACCUGGAGCUGGAGCAUCAGGAACAAAGGAAGCAGAAAAAGCUGGAACAUCUGGAAAUGGAGCAUCAGGAACAAAGGAAGCAGAAAAAGCUGGAACAUCUGGAGCAGAACCAUCUGGAAAUGGAGCAUCAGGAGAAAAGGAAGCCAAAAAAGCAGAAACAUCAGGAACAGAAUCUGGAGCAGGAGCAGAGGAAGCAGAAAAAGCUGAAACACCUGGAGCAGAAUAACCUGGAAACAGAGCAUCUGGAGCAGAGGAAACAGAAGGAGCAGAACCAUCUGGAACAGAGGAAGAAAAAAAAGCUGGAACAUCAGGAGCAGAAUAAUCUGAAGGAGAGGAAGCAGAAAAAACUGGAGCUGCAGGAGCAGGAGCAUCUUGAACAGAGGAAAGAGAAAAAGCUGGAACAUCAGGAGCAGAAUCAUCUGGAAAUGGAGCAUCAGGAGCAGAAGAAAGAGAAGAAACAGAAACAUCUGGAGCAGAAGAAGCAGAAACAUCUGGAGCAGAAUAAUCUGGAGAUAGAGCAUCAGGAACAAAGGAAACAGGAAAAGCUGGGGCUCCAGGAGCAGGAGCAUCUUGAGCAGAAGAGGCUGAAAAAGCUGGAACGUCAGGAGCAGAGGAAACAGAAAAAACAGAAACACCUGGAGCAGGAGAAGCAGGAUUGGCUGGAGCAGAAUCAUCUGGAGAUGGAACAUCAGGAGCAGAGGAAGCAGAAAAAACAGAAUCAUCUGGAGCAGGAGAAGCAGGAUUGGCUGGAGCAGAAUCAUCUGGAGAUGGAGCAUGAGGAGCAGAGAAAACAGAAAAAACAGAAACACCUGGAGCAGGAGAAGCAGGAUUGGCUGGAGCAGAAUCAUCUGGAGAUGGAGCAUGAGGAGCAGAGGAAGCAGAAAAAACAGAAUCAUCUGGAGCAGAAUCAUCUGGAGCAGAAUCAUCUGGAGAUGGAGCAUGAGGAGCAGAGGAAGCAGAAAAAACAGAAACGUCUGGAGCAGGAGAAGCAGGAUUGGCUGGAGCAGAAUCAUCUGGAGAUGGAGCAUGAGGAGCAGAGGAAGCAGAAGAAGCUGGAUAAGAGACAGCAGAAGCAGCAGAAUUAUUUGGAGCACAAUGAUCAGGAGCAGGAGGCCGUGGAGCCGCCCUGCCCUGUGCCCCCCAGGAACUGCUGGCUGUCCCCACCCCUCAAGAAGAAGAAGAAGCAGCACCAGGAGCUCUGAUCCCCCCAGAGCCCCCAGCCCAGGAGAGCCCAGCAGGACAUGUCCUGACAGAGCCCCACCAGGAGAACUCUGCAGGGAGAAGCAGCAGCAGCUGCCCAGGGCUGCUUUUAAUCUGAUUUUUAACCUGGUUUUUCUCACUGCCCACAGCUCUGGUGCUUUUCCACCAGGAGAACCCUGCAGGGAGCAGCAGCAGCUGCCAGGCAGCAGCAGGUUUUUAAGAAAAUCAAGGCUGGUUUUUAAUCUGUUUUUUUUUCUCACAGCUCAGGUGCUUUUACAGGAAUUUUUUCAUCUGGUGCUGUGAGUGAGGGAUUCUGGAAUAAUCCUAAAGAAACUUCCUCAGGUACCCCUGGACCUUCAACAAAAUGGAGUUUUGUUGAUUUCCUCAGGGCAAAGAACGGGACUGACCAUGAAAACUCAGAUUUUUAUUCUCUUUUUUACUCAUUUUUGCUAUAAUGGGUAAAAUCAGCAACAUUUUUUACCUGAGUAUAAAAUUUUUACUUUUGCUAAAGUAAAUUUCCACGCUGUGCAAACUCCA